UUGGAGCUGCAAGAAGGAAAGGAGGGGAAUGAACGCGGGCUGCAGACGCCGUGAUGGGUGGGGGAUGGGGCGGGCUGUGGCCAGGACGCCCUCGCAAAAUAAACAGCGUCCCGAGUCCCCGUGCGUCUCCGCCUGGUUCUCCCACCCAAUUAAGAGGAGGGUGUGAGUCACCGUCUCCAGAAAGCUGCAGCUGGUUCUAAUACUGAGAACACUGUUUUGCUUGGAAUCCCCCCCAGCACUAAUGUGCUAUAAAAAUCCAUUUGCAAACUGCAGUAGAAGCUUUGGACCCAAGGGCCCGCGGAUUUGUAGCAAUCAAAGCGAAAAUUUUAACUUGGAUGUACAACCGCCUUCCUCCUGCUACCGACGCCCUAUCUGAUAAACGUCUGCACGUUCGGUGAACUCGAACACGCACCGAGGUGGCGCGGAGAUGUCCGGAAACCCCGAGAGAAACGGUCCGCGACUACACGGCGGGGGGAAGCCUCCGACGUGCGGGGAGAACGCACCCACCCAGGCGGCUCCGUGGGGCAGCCGCCUCGGAGCCACAGGCCACCCCGGCCACGCAGCUGGGGUACGGCUCUGGGCCCUCCCGUCCCCCCGCGCCGGGAAGCAGGGCCGUGAGGCAGACAGCAGGACAGCGGCCCGUCCUCUCUGCCAGACCCGGGCCAGACGGCGCGAGCGGCUCCGGCUUCCAAAACGGGGCGGGUGUGCUGUGGGUUUUCGCGGGACCCGCUCCGUCCUCCCACCUUCCCGCAUCUCCUGCCCCCGCGUGCUCCCAGGGCCCCGCCUCCUCGCCUGUUCCCCAGAGCCGGCUCACGGCGCACCUGGUGCCGCGACGGUCACCCACGCAGCCGAAGGUCUCCUGGGUGAGGGGCUGUCUCGAGACCCUCCCACCCACCCUCCCCUCUCUUCCUAGGAGACGGACGCGUGAGGGAUGCGUGGCGGUGGGGUGCGUGGCGGUGGGGUCCGCCGCACUGGGGGAACCAGCCUGUGGGCUGCGUGGCCCCGGCCUCGGCCCUCACUAGAGCACGUCUGCGCCCCAAGACCUGCCGGCCGCCGUGGACAGCUGGGCCACGUCUUACGCAGCAGUGCCUACGAGGCACGGCCCUGAGGUGGUGACCAGCUCCAUCUAAUCUGCGUUCGAAGGCGGUGCCCGCGCUACGUGACCGGCAGGUUCCUGGGUGUCUAGUUCCCCUCAGAGGCGCCAAGUCCUGGCGCUCGGCUCCCGGGGCUCGCCACGGGAUCGCUCUCUUUUGCUUUGCGUUUUUGGGGGCAGGAGGGCCGGACAGAGAGCAACAGAGCGAGGGGUGGCGUUCACACCGGGCACCAUGGGGGCGCCGGGCAGGUGUGCGUCAGCCGCGUGUCCCCAAGGGCCGCUACACGUGCACCGCUCUUGCACUCUUGCCGGGUGAGCGCACUCUCUUCCGCGGGACCCGGGGGGCAGGGCUCUGGUUGCGGGCGAGUCCCAGCACGGGGGCGUCCAGAGAAAAGCGCAGUUGGCCGCAGGAGGGACCCAGGAAGAGCAGCUCUUCUCGGGGUGGCAUUUUAGCGCUGCGUGUCCAUCACACGUGCUCUGGGCCACCGUCACGGGUCUCUGGGAGGAGCCAGGACCCGCGAGGGCCUGGGUGUGCGUGUGGAAGAGUGGGCCUUGCUCCUCACGGGGGCCACAGUGACCUCGGGCCCCUGGCCCAGGAGCCCCCGGCUGGCCCCACCUGAGGCGCAGUGCGUCCCUAGGCUCGAGCGUCCGUGCGCGUGCGUGGGAACAGUGGCCGUGUCGGGUGGCCCCUCAGAAGCCCUCGCGCCCCUGGGGGCUCUCUGUUAACUUCCGUCCACCCAGCAGUGGCCACCACUGACUCUGGAGCUGCCGUGGCUGGGGUUUCUGCCAUCGAGCCCCCCCCCCCCAGCCCCCAGCCGCGGGGCCUCCGGCUCGGCAGCCCGCCUCUGGGGAGAGGCUGUGCCGUGCGGCGCAGCCUGACGCGGCCUCCCCAAGGUGGGGCGGGGAGCUGGACCUCCAGCUGCCCCGCGGUUAACAGGGCACAGUGCUGGGCCCCCGCUCACGUCACACCCAAAGUGCCGGGUGACAGGGGACGCGGCCUGCAGGGUGACAGUGUUCCCAGGCAGGACCGCCCCGGCCUGCUUCCCGCACACUGUGAAUCCGGAACGGCCCAGGCGACAGGCCCAGAGAGGCAGACAGGCCUUCACCUUCUGGCGGGGCCCCAGGAACUCGGUCCAGCGGCGACAUGCCGGCGAACGGAACAGCGGAGGUUAAAUUCCGAAUUCGCUGGGUAGCUUUCAAGUUCCUGAUCUUGAGAACACGUACAUGUCUGGCGGAUUAAAUGAAACCCUACUGGGACUCUGUCUUCACUGCACUGGAUUUCCAGCCAGGCACGGGGCCCACUCGUCUCUCCCGCGAGGUGUCCCCUGAGCUCUUUAAAAACUCCUAUCCCGUCUGCACUGAGCCUCAGAACCGCACAGGCAAACCAGCUGCCGGGAAAGGCCGGCCAGCGCGACUCAGCCGCCACGUAGGGAUGGGGCUCGGUGCGAGCGACCAGAACCGGGGACCCCGGGAGGCUGGUCAGAGGCCCGGCAGCCGCCCUCGGCGGGCAGGGGCGAGCUGGGGUCCGCUGGCUCGUGCAUGCUGUUUAUGACCUGUUUAAGGCCUCCCGGUGGCACCGGCAUUAACUCCCGUGUCACUGGGCUCCCCAGGACCUUCCGGAAAAGCUUUCGCAGCGUGGGGCCUGCCCCACAGGACACGGGUCACCGUCCAAUGGUGUGGGGGGGGGGGGGCAGUGGAGAGUCGUGGCAGGACCGACGCCAUGGGGCUGGACCACACCCCGUCCAGCCGGCCUGGCCCCCACGGGCUCCUCGGUACUGCGGUGCCGGGUGCCCACGUCCCUCCUGUGUUUGCAGCCGAGACCCCACCAACCCCAUGAGGUGGGCCUGACCUCUGCCUAAAGCCCCUGGACAGACUCCCUCAGGGAACAAACUGACACAGUGGCCCCCCUGUGCUCGAGGGACCACGGGUGACAGAGGAGCCACCAAGAGAGAGACCCCGGGGCUCAGGGCCGGGGGGUGGGAGCCACAGGAGGACAGGCCCGACCACAGGCGAAGGGCAGCAGACACAGGGGCGGAUGUGCUCUGGGAACCAGGCCCGGGGACGCGGGACAUCCACGCAGCAGCCACGGUUCCCGCCGUCCCCGUGGCACCUUCAGGGGCUCCAAGCAUGAACAUCCGGCGUCUAAAUCACACUUCUCGUGUUGGAUUUCAAAGCAAACGCGUGUCCUCGCUGUAAAUCAGAGCAAGACGCCGCCUCCUGUUUCCUAUUAGCGAGGGAAGAAAGGGGCCGCGUCCUGCGCGGGGCCCUGGGCGGUGCGGAAAGCGCUGGGGGGCCGCGGCCACGGCCGAAAGCAGCUUCCUUCCAGACCUGGCGCUUGGUGUGACGCCAUGUCUGGUUCCUUCCCGCCGUCCACCUCGCUGGCCUGGGCGGGGGGCCGGGACAGGAGGCGAGUUUAUAAUCCAGAUUCAUUACAGCAAACGUGCGAGAGAUUAGCGUUAAUCUCGAAGGCGGCCGCCGCUCACAAAGCCUGUUCUCAUGGAAGAGGUGGGGUGCCGCCCCGGCCGUGCUGGCGUUCACACCCCGAGCGCAGGGACCGCGUUCUGCGGAGGAGAGAGCAGACGUCCCCUCAACCCCCUGAAGCCGGGCACCCCGUGCCCCGGCAAAGGGCGGCUGUCUCAGCCCCGAACAGGACCUCUGGUCCCCAGGCUGCAGCGCCUUCUCUCCUGGGCCGUGUGGCAGGCAUGCCUCUCCGCAAGGACCCCGCUCCACCCACAGCCCCUGCAAUGGCCAUCUGUGGGCCAAAGACCAUUCCAGAACAUCCUGGCCUGGCUCGAAGAAACCCCAUGUCUGGCAAAUGGGCCCGACACCCCCCCCCCCCCACACACACACAGCAGCGGCUUCCUGUUCCUGUGGGCAGAGCAGGGCCCUCCUCAGAGCCCCAGGUUAGGUCAGGUGGGGCUCAAGGCAGUGCCGGCCACCUCCCUCGAAUCACUCCAAGCAGAUUCCCUGCUGCUCGUCAGGUUCGGGUGCUUUGGGGCAUCCAAGCACAGGCCUCGUGGCCCACACGUGGUUCACACAUGGGCUGUGCUGUUGUGUCUCACACAGGAGAUCAAGCAGUGAGUGUGCGCCUUGCUCCGCAGGGUGGGACCCAGGGUGGACGCGUGGGUCCCCAGGUGUGGCCGCCCCAUCCCACCCCAUCCACCCCAUCCACGUGCCCCUCGGGCAGAGUGCACAGUGCACACACCCAGCCAGGCUCACGGUCUCCCCCGAGACGGCCAGACCUUCGGGUCAGCCACUCCCUGUCACCUAGGGAUUCCAUGCAGGUGCCAAAUGGCCGCCACUGACAAUUUCAGCAGGUGAUGUAGCAGGACCCAGCAGCAGGGUCGGGGCUUUGGCCCCCAGGCAGUCCCCGACCCCCAGGACCCCUCCCGGAUGGAGAGGGCAGUGGCCGGGACCAGCUCCCACAGCUGGCCCAGAGCAACGUGAUGGGACUCCCUCCAGAAAAUGCUCAGACCAUCCCGAGGCCUGUGAGCCAGUACGGACACAUGUGAUGGCCUCCCCCAAGCGGACAGGGGGACACGGUCCCCUCUUACACCAGACCAGCCGUCCCAAGUCUUCCCCAUGUCCUGCCCGUGAUCAGACACACCCUGUCCUCUUGCUGAAGAGCAAAGUCGAGCAAUUCAAUUUCGAGAUGCUGUUUGGGCCAACCCUCCGGCUCAGGGGCCCAAGAAGACAAAGGCGCUUCCCGUCUGUAAUGGAAACGUCGGGGGAACUCCCCACCCCCCCAUCAGCACCUCAGCUACCUGAAAGCAAAGCCGUUCUUCGAGUCCUGGGUCCCCAGACAUCAGCGAUCUCGUGGCCCCAGCACCUGACCCAGUACUCAGAUUCCGAUUAACGAAGCAGGACACAGGUUGUGAAAUGCUCUCCAGUCCCAAAGCUGGUGAACAGAAAGCACAAUUCCCGUCUGUGCCUUUCCUUUUAAAUAUUCCUCCCUAGAUGUGCGGCCUGCUGCACACACGGAAGGGGGGACGAGAGGCCCGCACCCCGGGGAGCACACACGGACGGGGGGCCUGAGUCCUGCAGUGACCCACGGGCUGCACAGUCACUGGCUAACCGCGUAACUCCUGUGGGCCUGCUUCCCUAUCCCCGGGACAGAGUCCCACCUACCCAGCAAACGGCAAGGGGGCCACAUGGGCAGUCCGCGUGGGGGGCUACUGGUGCGUGCCCCCCGUUUGCAAACCCCUGCCUCUGCUGGCACUGGGAGAAGUGGGGGUUCGCGAGUCAGGGCCCCACUCUUUGGCCUCGGAUAGGCCAGAGACACUGCAACUAACCACACUGUGUCCCCCAAACCCAUAGAUUGAAGGCCUGGCCUCGCCACAGCUGGUAUUUGGAGACGGCCCUUCAGGGGGCAACGAUGGCUGAACGAAGUCCGGGGAGCCCUGAUCCUACAGGGAAGAGAGAGACCUUCCUCUGCCGUGCGGGGACACGGCGAGAAGGUGACAUCUGCCGGCCACCUGCGGGCAGCCCUCCCCAGACGUGACCCACUGGCCCGGAGUCCCAGCCCCCAGAACCCCUUCAUCUGCAACGGCUCGUGCCAAGAUACCCCGGAUGCCGAAGCCACCACACGGUGCAGGGAGCCGCCCCCACCACCCCCUUCUCCCUGCACACGCACGCGUGCAAGUGACCCCGGCUGCGUCGGCCUGGAUCACUUCCCCAGGUACCCUGCACGGUUCUGGACAAAAGGGGUUUUGUUCUAAACCCUAGAGAACAAAGAUCAGAUUGUUUUCUGUUCGCUGCCUGACAUUAAAGCCCCAGUUUUACCGUCAGUAUAAACACCCACGAUGAUAACUUCAGGGCAUGACUUUUCCAAAUAACGAGAAAGGCAAAGUAGUAACCGCAGCCACCUGAAGGGCCCACCCCAAGGGGCAGGACGCACCAUUUCCACACCCGGAGCCCAGAGGGAAUGGGGCCUGGUCGGGGGCGGGGGGACCAGCGGGCCAGCUGACGCACACCGACCCGCGAGCCACGCGAUGACGGACACGGAGGGCAUUUCAACUCGGGACUCCACCCCGUCUUUUCCACACAGCUUAACCAGCAUCUACGCCAAACCUCCCAGAUUUCCAGCCAGGUAGGGUUCUCUGGGCUCACGGGGCUGUGGACGCUCCACGGAGCCAGGCAGCAACGGCCAUCCCGACCAGGUGGCAUCACACUGGUCCUGCGGGUGGGGACCGAGGCUGAGAGACGGGGCCGGAACCCCGUAUGGGGCACCAACCCCCAUCUCCUCUGGGUCCCCACCUGUGGGGAGCUGCCAACCAGUCACGCUGGAUCACACGCGCCACGAGAUGCAUCGAGCAUUUCCAUCCAGGAAUGGCCAAAACCGCCUUUAGAGGGAAUGAGAUCCACGGUCCUGCUGUUUGCCCCCAAGCAGCUGCACCCACGGCUGUGAUUCUGGGCAGGGCCCAGGGGGCUGCCUCCCCCACAGCUGGCGGGACCAGGCUCCCAGGGAUAGGACGCCCAUCCACAGCACGUGGUCCUUCUGUGUUUGGCGACCCGUGCCCCGCCCCCUCCGCUUGGUCCCUGUGGGCAGCACGGACUCUGUGAAGGAGCCUCGGGCACAGCCACCCCCACUCCCCGGCCCCCGGCGUCCCCCCAGACGCGCGCCCUGUGGAGUGGGUCUCCCGUUUCCCAAGCAGGCCAGACUCGUGCUCGUUCACACAGGUUCAGACCCAGGCGCCCCGUCCCACAGUCCACCCCUCAGUCUGUUGCAAGUUCAAAUCCUCUCCCUGUGGCCAGCACGUCAGGGUCUGUGUGCCGUCUGACCUGGUAGUCAAGGCGUCUGACUGGGGGGUGCCAGGCGCCUGGGAGGGAAACGCCUCUCCGCUUCUCCUUCGCCUGAGCCCUGCUCCUGACACCUGGGGGCCUCUCACGACCGAACCCGACACCCAACGGCAGGGCCAGCGACACGUGGACGAGCGCCGGUAGACGCGGCGUCCAGAAGGUGAUACGGGAAACUGAAUCUCGCCACGGAAGGAGGAAGCCGGCCUUCCCGAGCCUGGAGGAUGGCUCCCGAAUCCCUCUCCAGCUCCUCCCAGGCUGGUGGGGACGGUCCCCACCCGGGGCAUCCAGGGCCUGGCUCCUGCGGGCAAGGAAGACCCAGCUACACUGGACAGCCAGCUCCCCUCACCUCUACACGGCAGGCUGAAGAUGUGGAAGCAGAAAUCAGAACACCGGUCCCUCAGUCUCUGGCUGGAAUAGCAGGGGAGCCAGUAAACAUGGGGACCUAAUAAAAUCAGCCUCAUGCAGGUUGCGCGAGGCUCCGACGAGAAGCGACGGCAGAGUGUCCCGCACAAAGUGCUCACGGCCGUGUACCGUGCACUGGCCCCGCUCCCAACGUGCUCGCUCGGCGGUGUGGUUAUCACACGGCUCAGCUGACUCGGGAAGAACAUUCCACAAUGUCCGCGGGGACCAGCUGUGCCACUGACCACAGUGGGCCCGAAGCCGGGUGUCCUGGGGUCAUGGGACGGGCACCACUGACUUUGCUUUGCCUUGAGAAGGGAGUCCAGGGUGGGCAGGAGUCCCCAGAACGGACGCCCCCUCUGCCACCUGGGCCAACCUGACCCUCCGUACCCGUGGGUCAGAAACGUGGCAGUCUUCUCUGUUUGAGCCCCGAAGGUCUUCCGUGACAGGCAAAGCUCCGGCCGCACGCACACGGGGCUCGGGUGCGGUCUCAGCCCGGCGGACCCCGCUGUGGACGGUGGCGGGCUGCCCUGCCGGGCUCCGCCCCAGCUCCUAUCCGGUGGGGUGGGGACACUCGCCCAGCAGGGCCUAGGGGUCGAGGACCACGUGCUUAUGCCUCGCAGCCCUCUUCAGAAGAAGUGGGGGGCACGGUGCCCUAGGAAACUCGGCCUCCGCGAGCUCCGCAUGGACCAAGCCCACCUCCUUGUUACCCACAGGACGAGGGGACGUGGGGAGUGGGUGCCCCGGUGAGGCCUGGCCCAGAGGAGUCUGUCAGAGGGUGCCCUCCCACCGAGCCCUGGGGGCUGUGACAAGGGCCCCGGGGGCCCGAGGGGCUGUGAAGCUUCUCCCAGCUGAGUCACUACUAAGCAUCUUUAGGAUUUCGUGGAGGCAAUUACUUUGGGACCAAACUUGAACGCGAAGGACUCAGAAAAGCAACGAGGCCCAAAGCUCGCUGUGGAGCUUGCUGUGAAGACAAGGCCACUGGGCUGACGGGACUGGAAGCCGCUGUCCGUGGUUCCAUCUACAGACGGGGCCGCCCCCGGAGAGCUGGGUCUGCAGGUGGCCACAGGAGGGAGACCGCCCUGGCCCUCGGGCCCGCAGGCUGCUCGCGGCCGGCUCCUCCGGUCGGCAGCCUCGGCUCUGGGGACUCUCAUUUCCGGACCACACGAUGCAAACGGAACACAGAGAAUGCACUCCUGUCUGCACCGGCCGGGGCGGAGGCACAGCGUCCCUCCGCUCCCUAUCUCGUGGGGGCUACCAACUACCGUAACCGCGAGGUCCGUGGCGAGCGGGAGCUCCGCUCCCCCCGUGGUUCCUCCUCCAGCUGCUGACGUCGGGCCCACGGAGCCCCGGCCCCGCCACCUGGCUCCGAGCUCCCCCUACCCCGGUCCCAAGAGGGCUCUGUUAGAGGAGCUGCCCCAUGCCAAGUGGUCCCCGGCCGUGACCUUCUACUGUCUGUCGGUGGUGGACAGGCAGGGCCCAGGGCAGGGAGCUCUGGCUGCCUGGGACCUCCAACAAUGGUGUGUCCCCAAAGCCAUCCCCACUGAUCCUGGGGGAACUCCAGGACCCCUACCUGCUCAGCCACAGGCGACAGUGAGCAGGGGCCAGGAGCCAUCAUAGGCACCUUCUGGGAAACCGACUACAAACAUCUCAGACACAAAGACGCACUCUCCGAGACUCGAUAAUUCGUCACCGUUUAUUUCCUCAUCUUAAAGACAGACUGGCCUUGGUGUGUAAGUUUGAGGCCAUAAGCAGAAACGCUUAUUGCCUGAGCUCCUGCCCCCUCCCUGCCUGUCCCAGGCACUGGGGCAGCCGUCGGGCACAUGAGCCCGCAGAGUCACCGCUGACGUGGACACUCUUCUUCCCCUCGAUCUCAGGAGCCGCUGCCCACGGUUCAAGUCCUUCUCCACACCUAACACGAGCUGGCCCAACGGUGAGAGGUGCCCCCGCUCCCGGCAGAGUCCGCCCUGACGGCCCGCACAGCCCAGCCGGGGGCCCGACGCGCUCCUUGCAGGGGCUGCGGGAGGCACAGUUGACAGGAACGGUGACACACAAGGAACGAGGAAACCUCUCUGGCUCCGUGUGCUCUGCGGCGCCUUCCAGGAUCGCACCGGAUGUGCUCACGGCCGCCUUCAGGUGCUGCCCCGGGGCACGAGCGGCAGGUGCCACUCCGUCCCCCACCCCCACCCCCCGUCACACCCACGGCCAACACCCAGAGAGGGGCCCGCGCUCCAUCGCAGCCCGGCAGGCCCCGCGUGUGAUGCCUCGUGGCCUCUUCCAGGCCGACCGCUGGGAAUGACCCUGAGACCGGAGGCCCCGCAGACGCGUGUGGUGCAGACGGAAAGAGAGGAGGGCGUCAUCCCAGGGAGCCGCGGUCAACUCGCUUGCCGUCCGGCUGUCAGAAGGUCACCGGCGAGCUGAGCCCAGCAGCGGGGAAGGUGACCAGAGUACGCGUCCCCGAGCAACAAGGGCUCUGACCCCCUCACUUCCGUCACCUGCACCGCCAGGGGCCACACGGGGGCGGUGAGCGUCCCCACCUCUCUGCAUGAGGGUGGCCUCCCGGGGGCACUGUCCCUUGGGGUCACAUGUCUGAGAGCCCAUCCUGAGGACAACUGAGGCCACACCAUCACCUGUACCCACGGCUGAUUUUGACGGAAACCCUAGAGGAGCACUUGAUUUUACACAUUUGAACAUGAAAGUAAGUUUCUCGGGUGGAGUUUAAGAGGACUUACUUCCAAAGCCUCGCCCGUUUCAACAGCACAUUUAAUAACCUUGGAAAGAACCUGCCGUCGGAACGCACAGAGGCCGGGGCCCCACUGUGCUCGCCCUCGGACGGGAGCCCGCCCCAAACAGGCCGACGUCUUCCCGUCCGUGCGGCACGCCCCGUCCGCUACCAAGCUUUCGUCGACACAGCACAGCACGUAUCUUUGGGCUCAGAGUCGACAGUCGCGCUCCGUGAGGAUAUAUUGCACCUUAUUCCAAGAACAGAUAGGAUUCACCGAGUUGCAUGAAGCAGACCACAUAACCCAGGACGGGGUCGCAGACAAGAGAACAGACCAGACCGGCCUGGCG